AUGUUGAUAGCUCGUGCGGUAUUCGUCUCGUGGACCUUCCUUUGGUUCUUACAACAUGUGUGGAAUAUUGAUAGAUUCGAUGCAUUAAGGUGGAAACGUGUUAAAAAAUACGAAUUGAAAUCAGUAAUUACAAUCUUACUGGUAAUUAUGUGCCCGUUACAAGCCUUUUAUGAUAUAAUGAUAUCAAACGUAAAAUAUCAUGAAGGUUUUUGGGUAAAUCCAUUAAACGGCGACAUUAUUUCGAAGCCGCAUCAAUUUUGGAGCAAAAGCAACGAUGACUUGGUGGUGCCAACUAACUAUAUCCUCUGCGCAAACUUUAGUUUACAAACUGUUUUCAUUUUCCCUUUAUUACAAUUUAUCUAUCGAGACGAUACGUUUUACACCGAAAUCAUCCCUCAAUUAGCCUACGCGAUAUUCAUGUUCUUAAUCGCAAUGUUGGGAAUAAGAUCUCAUAGUAGAUUCACAAAUUUAUUACGCGUGACGAAAAAUGCAAAGACGCCCCAUAUUAACAUAAUAUUAAAGUUGGAAUAUUUUAGAGAUAUGAAUAGAUAUUUAACGUGGGGUCUUUUAAUCGGAUCGGCCUCAUUCAUGAUUCUCUGUAUUGAUGGUUUGACCACUUCGAAAUAUCUUAUCUCGCAUAAAUUCGCAUCAGACCUUAUAUUAUGUCAUGUAAAUUUUUCACUUUGGAUCGUAUUCGUUACUCUGAUCUUAAUAUUUUAUCCAUCCACAAGUACGUUAAAUGAUACGAUUACUAUAGCAAAGGGGUCCACCUCAUUAUCUUCGGCGAGCACAAAAGGGAUAUCAAGGAAUAAUUUAGAACCACCAAAUCCACAAUGGACGAGAUCAUUAAAUGUUGAUGAUAGUCAAAGUCAAAGUCAUUGGUCGACUUCUCAACAGACAAAUUCUCAAAUAGAUGCUAACAGUUAUCUUGUAGAAAUACAUGAAGAAUUGCCUCCCCCAAUGCAGCUUUAUCAUGAAAAAAGAUUAAAUCCAAUAGAAAUUUCUAAUCUUCCACUUUCACCUCCACUAUCUCCCCCUUCAUCUUAUCAUCAUUUUGUUCCUUCAAUUCCCCCCAAUUCCCCACCACCUCCUCCACCGUUACCAAAACAUCAGAUAAUAAUUCCCCCAUCGCCGAUAUUCAAUCCCAUCACGCAAUCUCCCACUUCAUGCUUCAAACAAUCAAAAUUAAAAUAUCCAUCUUCACCAUUAAUACCGAGAAAUAACAGUUUUGAUAACAUUAAAAGUGUUUAUGAUAAUGAGAAUACAUGUCAUUUACCUCAUUCUCCCCCGGUUCAUUCUCCGUUAAAUCAAUCUCAUUUUGUGAAUGAUUCCAUAAUAUCACCUUUACCAAGGAAAAUUUCGGAUGGUUCUUUAUUAGAUUCUUUUAUGAGACCUUCCCUACCGAAAAAAUCUCCUAGAAGGCCUUCCGUAACGUCGAAUAAUUCCCCUUCAAUUAUCAGGGGUACAACUUCUACAACUUCUUUAAGUUCAUCUGCCACCGCGAAUUCGGUCACACUUCCUUCAUCCGAUGAAGAAACGAUUAAUAAGAUUACUAAUUUGGAUACAAGAGUAGUUGCUCCUUUUAUGUAUCAAGAAAUACCCAUACAGCAAGAUCCACUAGAAAGAUCUAUAUCUUCAACUGCACAUUCCCCAUCACCAACUCCCACUAACACAAAAGCUGGUGAAAAAUUUCAAAAGAGACGAGAAGAAUCUAGGAGACAACAACAGAAAUCAAUUUCUCAAAGAAGCACCCCAAUAGAUUCUUCAUCACAACAAAGACCAAAGCUCGGCAUCACAAAAACUUCACAAGCAAUUGUUGUGCAACAAUCAAGAAAUUCUUCACCAAGUCUUGUAAAAUUUGCAACUACGGCAAAUAAUAAAGGUAACCCUCCUUCAUCCACACAAAGGGUUCCUCCUACAUCGAAAUCAUCACAACCGUUCAGCACAUCACGGACGCCUAAAACUCAUUCACAAGUUUCCACGAGAUCUUAUCAUGGUUCACCUCUCGUUAUAAGGAGUGGAGGUUGUAGUGAAACCGCAGGUUCCACCUCCACAAUAAAGAAAUCAUCUCCUACGCAACCCAAUAACUUGGAAGGUACUGCGGUGAGAAUUAGGAGCGGAGGGGUUAAGGGAGUUGCGGUCGGUGUAACAAAUAGCGCUAGGAAUAGUGCAGUGAAGAAUAAUGCCACAAAAAAAGAUUCAAAUAGUACUACAGCAAUUAUUGGUAAUGGUAAAGUGAAUUCAACGAGCAAUGUGAGAAAUAGCCUUUUGGGAGGCAGAACGAGAUCCAAUAGUAUCGCGGAUGUUGGAGCUAAUAUUGUGUUCGAAAGGUUAAGAUCAGAAACCAUCUCUUCGAUAAUUCAAGUACUUCCAGUACUUCAAGUUCUGGAAGUAUUAGGAAAAUAA